CGAUCUGCCAUGUAAAUAUUUGGACAGAGGAUGCUAACUAUAUCUGUGUCCGAAACGAUAAAACGACAGCAACUCCUAAAAAACCGGAGAUAAGAUGAAACCACCUGCUGUAUCGGAGAUAUUAAGUUUUAGACAUCAAACUCAGAGCCUGUAGCCAUGGAUGGGCUUUCUUCCAAGAACAAUGAAAGCACCUUUCCCACCUUUGAGGACUUGGACCACUUUCUGAACAAGCACAACUCAAACUUCAUCUGGCUCCUUGUUGCCACCAUUCUGUCCUGUGGAUGGAUCAUCUAUUUAACUUAUUACAACUCGCGCAACAUCGGCCUCAUCCUCACCCUCAUCAUCAACCGACUCUACAAGGAUGGCUACAUUCACAUCGGCUCUUUUUCCUUCUCUGUGCUGUCAGGCAAAGUCAUGUUCAGAGACGUUUACUACAUCAACCAAGACAUGUCUAUCAGGAUACAGGAUGGCUUUCUCAUCUUUCGUUGGUGGAAAAUGUACAACCCGAAACAGAAGCAGCACGACCCCAAAGCAGAGACCAGGCUUUACGUAACAGUCAAUGGCUUUGAGUUUCACGUCUACAACCGGACAGACCUUUACACACGGCUUCAGGAGACAUUUGGGCUGGAACCUACACUGUUAACACCCAAGAAGGACGAGGAGAGGGGACGUGAAGACAGGAGCCAGACCCUGGAAAGCGUGAACAUCAAAGCAGAAAGUUCAGACCCCACGUCAUCCUGGCGCUCUCUCAUUCCUGUCAUCAAAGUCAACAUCAGCACUGGGCGCCUGGCAUUUGGAAACCACUGCCUCCCCCAGACUCUGUGUUUGAGCUUCGAAGAUGCCUUCUUGACGUACGCCACCAAACCUCCAUCCAGCCACCUGGACCAGUACAUGCACAUUGUCAAAGGAUCACUGGAGAAUGUCCGUGUCAUGCUGGUUCCCAGUCCCCGCUACCUGGGCAUGCAGAAUGAUGAACCGCCCAGACUGAUGGGUGAAGGCUUUGUGGUGAUGCAGUCAAACGAUGUUGAUAUCUACUAUUACCAGGAUGAACCAGGUCUGGUUCCUGUGGAGCAAGAGGGUGCGGAGGAGGCAGAGACUAGCAGUGAGGAUGAUAAGCUGCAGGACCUUCCUCCGUGCUGGGGUCUGGAUAUUGUCUGUGGAAAAGGAACUGAUUUCAACUAUGGACCCUGGGCAGAUCGCCAGAGGGACUGUCUUUGGAAGUUCUUCCUGCCAGCUGACUACCAGGCCAUGAAAGUGACUGAGGUCGCCCAGCCGGGAAAACCCAGGCAGAUCCAGGCUUUCGAGCUCCGCAUGAACAUCAUCGCUGACGCCACCAUCGAUCUGCUUUUCACCAAAAACAGGGAAACCAAUGCCAUCCAUGUGAAUGUAGGUGCAGGCUCUUACCUGGAAGUCAACAUCCCCAUGACGGUUGGAGAGAACGGCUACUCUCCCACCAUCAAAGGUCAGCUGCUUCAUGUGGACACCACCAGCAGCAUGCAGUAUAGGACUCUUCUGGAGGCUGAGAUGUUGGCUUUCCAUGUGAUAGCAAGCUAUCCCCGGGUGUGGAACAUGCCGCAGUCAUGGCAGUGUGAGAUUGAGGUGUACAAAGCCACCUAUCACUUCAUUUAUGCCCAGAAAAACUUCUUCACCGAUUUGAUUAAGGACUGGGCGAGUGACAGCGCCCCUGAUAUCUACUCCUUUGUGCCCUAUUCAUGGAAGUUCAAGAUCCUCUUCCACCAGUUUGAGAUGAUCUGGGCGGCAAACCAACACAACUGGAUUGACUGUUCCACCAAGCAGCAAGAGAAUGUGUACCUGGCAGCCUGUGGCGAGACGCUCAAUAUUGACUUCACUCUGCCUUUCAAUGAGUUUGUUCCAACCACCUGCCAUACCCGCUUCAGCCUGGGGGCGGAAGAUACAGACAUGCGACUGUCACUGCCAGAGUGCCACCCGAGCCGCUACCCCCUCCUCACCCUGGCCAAAGACUACCAGAACGUCAAACUGCCCCCUGAUAUGUUCAUGUCAGGGGAGAGUCACGGAGCUCCCCCUCCAAAACCCAAGUCCCGCUGGAGGAACAUCACCCACGCAGAAGCUGGCUGGGUGGACUGCUGGAGCGUGCCAAACUUCUUGCUUAUCAUCGACUACACCUGGCAUCCCAUUUAUCCCCAGAAGGCUGAUGAGCAACUCAAGCAGUCAUCAGUGUCUGAGAUGGAGGAGUCCAUGCUUUCAGCUUUGCGACCCCCAGAGCACACCUCAGCGCCCCACAACGCCCCGCCACGCUACACCUCCGCGUCUGCUUCGGCCGCCAGCAGCCGGGCUCCCACUGACCCCUCCGAGCUGCCUCCUGACAGACUUCAUGUGGAGAUGGAAAUGUCCCCAGAUUCUCAAAUCCUUCUCUACGGGCCUUUGCUUCGAGCCCUGAUCUCCAUCAAGGAAAAUUACUUUGGUGAGGAUGACAUGUACACAGACUUUGAGGAGGCAUUGUCCAGCCCAGUGUUGUCUACAUCAACCUCCUCAGGCCUUGGCUGGUCUCCUCUGGGGAUGGAAGACAGUGAACAGAAAGAAAGUUCAAACAUCCAUCCCCUAGACCUGCGACCCUGGGACAUCACAGUGCUCAUAAACCUCUACAAAGUCCACGGCCGGCUGCCGAUACACUGCAGCAGUGAAGGUCCUGAGGGUCCAUCUGGCUUCCUGGAGCGGCUGUGCUUUGAGAUGAAAAAGGGUUACAAGGAAACCAAGCUUCAGAUGCUCUUGUCUCCAGUUCACAUCUUCAUUAGUGACAACUACCAGCGUCCUACGGCGGAUGGAGUGUUGCGGGACGGACACCUGAGCCUGUCUGGCCUUCAGAUGAGGGCGCACGCCAUGUUCUCCGCUCAGGGCCUCCCUCUGGGUAGCGACACACUGGAGUACGCCUGGCUCAUUGACAUGCAAGCUGGUGGGCUCACCGGCAGGGUCACUGUACCUCAGGUGGCCAGCAUGAUCGAAUGGGGUGAGAGCUUCCUUUUCCACGUUGUGUCUCGAGAGUUCCAGCUCGAACAACCCAAACCUUCUGUCAUCUGCCAGCAUGGAGUCGAUCGUCGCAUCUGUGAUGCCAAGCUGAGCUGCCUGCCAGGUCACUGUCGCACAUCAGAGGAGCUGAAGUACACCAUGACACGGCUGGCCAUGGAUGGAGUCGACCUCUUCAUCGUGGAACAUGGCUGUGCUGCUAAUAUCAAGACGGGUGUUGUCCGUAUAGCCAACUGUAACCUGCACAACCAGGCAGUGGGGGAGGGUAUCAGCGCUGUGGUGCAGGACUUAAACAUCCGUCAGUACAUUGAACAGCAGCAGCAGCAACACAGCGAGGCUGCCAGGCUGCUGCUGGCCGGGCAAGGUCAAGGUCCAGGUCAGCCGUUGGGUCUCGGUCAGCCCCCUUUGCUGCGGCGUUCUGUCUGGCUGGAGGCAGGUUCAGUCAACCUGAACCUCAUCACAGCAGAUAUUGCCCUGGCUGCUGACCACCCAGCCAAAUGUGAAGUCCAGAGGCAUUUUCUGGAACUGCAUGAUGCUCAGACCAAAAGACUUUGGUUCCUGUGGCCGGAAGACGCCAGCAUUCGCAAUAAGCGAAGCAGGAACCGGUGCGGCUGCCUGGGAGGAUGCAGGUUCUUUGGAGGUACCAACAUGGGCCUGGACUUCUUCAAGUUAGAGGAGCUGACACCCUCCUCCUCAUCUGCAUUCUCCUCUUCCAGCACUGAGUCAGACAUGUGCUAUGGCCAAUCAUUGCUGCAGCCUGGGGAGUGGAUCAUCACAAAGGAAACUCCAAAAGUGGAUGGGAGGGUCGUAGGUCUGAAGACAGGGACACAUUCUCCCUGUUUGCCGCCUGAGGUGCCUGAGAGGCGUGGACAGCAACACCUCAGCCUCCAGGUGCCCCAGCGCUCCCACAGCUCUGCCUCUUCCUCAGAAGAAAACAGCUCCUCCAGUGCAGCCUUACCCCUGCUGGCUGGAGAGAGAGAUUCCCCCUCACCAAGCCAUGAGGAACGCUUGUUCCCCGUGAAUGGAAAAAUCCCUGUUGAAACCCUGGGGGAAGUCCCUGAGGUCUCUCCAGUCUCACCCAACAGCUCCCAGGAUCGCUCCACAGUGCGCUCACCCCUCUGCUCCCCUCUUAAACGGCAGUCAUCCGUUCACUCCAGUCGGCUGGGCAGCACCAAGAGCCUAUCAGCUGCAGUAUUCACUGAAAAACCUCCUCCAGUGCUCUCUGGAGGCGUGCAGUUCAGCAGCGAGGUUUCCCGCAGCGACGAGAACGUCCUGGAUUCUCCUCGUCAGCGGAGAAGCUACGGCUCCUUUCCCUUCACCCCUUCGGCGGACUCAAACACUUUCCAUCAGUACCGCUCAGCAGACUCCAGCAUGUCAGUGGCCGACAGCGAGGCCUACUUCUCUGCCGCGGAAGACUUUGAGCCGAUCAGCAGUGCGGACGAGGGUCCGGGGACGUACCCAGGCCGCAAGAAGAAGAGGAGGCAGCAGAUGCAGCAGCCGCAGCAGCCUCCGUAUCACAUGGAGAACUACAGCCGGAGUUCCAUCUACCACAGCGUUGAAGGUCCUCUUACCUAUGUUCUUAAUGGGGAGCUGAUCACUGAGCCCCGUCCUCUGCCGCCACCCCCAACACUUCCCCCACUGCCGCCCCAUCCAUUACCCAGCCACACAUCUCAGGCAUCCUUCGUCUCAGCUCUAGCUAUGGAGGAGGAGAGCUCAGUGGAGGCUGAAAAGACAGCCGAACCAGGUCCUGUAACUCGACAGCCCCACGUCAUGGCAUGCUACCAGAACUACCUAGCCCACUAUCAGGUGUCAAAUUGGUCUGUCAAGCAGCCGACCAAUAAACGGACCUCUAAGUCUUCUUUACAUCGUCCUCUUGAUCUGGACACGCCUACCAGUGAGGAGAGCUCCGCCUCUUUUGACCAGCUGUCAGUCCCCAGCUUCAAGGUGAUAAAGAAGGGCCUCUCAGCCAGCUCUCUUCUAGAUAGAGGAUUGCAACUAAUGGGAGAAAACAACAGCACACCUUAUACUCCCUUGGAUAAGAGGGCCAUGGAGAACACGGAUGAGGACACGAUGACAGAUGAUUGGACACUGGAGCAGCCUUUGACCCAGACCAGAACCACUGCCAUUGUGGAGGUUAAAGGGGCCAUCAAUGUGGUUCUCACACCCCUUGUGGCUGAAUCCCUGGACAGGUACAUUGAGUCUAUGGUCCACUUUGCUAGUAUCCGACAUCCAGCAGCCAUCCUGGAUGAUCUGCAUGGCAAAGUUAUGAAUGAAGCCUAUCAGAUCAGCAAGUCCACAGUCACUGAGUCUAGCCAAGCAGGCAAGCAGGAGCACAAGCUGUCUAAGACAGAGGGCACAACCCCUGGCUCGCUCAACAUCUCCCACGGGCAGACAGAGCUGUCCAUCAAACCGGAUAACGUGAAAAUCAAAGGCCUUCAAGCCAACGUCUCAGUUCCCAAGGUGAACCUCUGCCUCCUGCAGGCCUCUGUAGAGGAAGGGUCACCGUCUUGCUCCAAUAAGUGUGUCACACAUGUGUCUCUGGUGGCGCUGUGCUUUGACAGGAUUGCCACCCAGUUCAGAAUGAACAGGGGUAUUGUAGAAGAGACUCCAAACACCACAGAGCAUGGCCGACCCUCAGUCAUGUUGGAGAAGUAUGCAUCAGCCACAAAGAUGCAGCCUCAGUCUUCUGGCUCAUUGCGCUCCAACGCCGGCAUCGAGAAAGGCAAAGAGAUUGCUGCAAGGCUCAAUAUCCACAGAAUUCACAGCCAGCUGCGAGGCCUGGACUCCACAGACAUUGGCACAUGUGCUAUCACAGCUAUCCCUUUUGAGAAGUCCAAAGUGCUGUUUGGCCUGGAAGAAAUGGAAGAGUUUUCAUUAGUUGAUGAAACCGAUGCUCAGGCUGCAGCAAGUGAUUUGAGUCGUUCUUCCACAUCUGUUGAAAAAUGGGGCUGGAUCAUGUUCGAAUGUGGCAUAGAGAACCUCACCGUCAAGGGGGGCCGUCAGUCAGGAGCUAUUCUUUACAAUGCGUUUGGUGUGAUGGGUCGCUCGGAUACUGGAGGGAAGACUGGAAUGUCCAAGUCUAAUGGCUCAACCGGCUCUCAGACAGGAAGUGGUUACAGCACUGACGUGUCUGAUGAAAACUUGCCACACGAUGCCGUCAGUCCUGCUUCAGAUGCCAACGAGAACUCGGAUUCAGACGACCAGGAUGAAGGAGUCGAAUCUGACGACCUGAAGAAAGACCUCCCUCUCAUGCCUCCUCCACCUGAUUCCAGCAGCAUGAAGCUGACCAUCAGAGAGAUCUGGUUCAGUUUCGCUGCUCCCACUAAUGUGCGCUCACCUUCACAGGCCAUAUCCAGGCAGUUGAAUCUGCUCAGCACAGCCACACCAGCCAUUGGAGCUUGGCUGGUUCCCAUUGACCAGCUUAAAUCUUCGCUCCGUAAACAGGACAUGGAGGGCACACUGCGCUUGUGUGCUGUUAUGGGCUGCAUCAUGACAGAAGCUCUCGAAAAAAAGAGCAUCCACAUCCCGAUUCGCAGCAAGUACAACCGCGUGACGAAACGUGCUCGCUACCUGCAUGAGAAUCCCUCUUGUAUGCUUUGCAACAUCCUUCACCGCUACCUGCAACAAGCUGACUACUCUGUCAUAGAAGAGGCCACCAUGAAUGAUGGGGUCCCAGCCCUGGUGACUCUGAAGAAGGGCCUGGUAGCUUUGGCCAGACAGUGGAUGAAAUUCAUUGUUGUAACUCAAGGUUUUAAGGCCAUUGGUCUAAUGAAACCCAACCAGCUAACCAAACCCAAGGAGCCUCAGCAGAUCCAAGGCGACACAAUCCUAGGCCUGGACAAUGGAGCUGCACUGCAGAGUGACACCAGCGCUGAUGGAGCUGAGUUUGAAUUUGAUGCAGCCACAGUGAGUGAACACACCAUGUUGCUGGAGGGAGCAUGCAGCCGUCCCCCACCUAAAGAAGCAAACUCUGGUCCCGUCAGCGGAGUGGAGAUUAUGAGGAAACUUUCCAAGUCCCACACACACAGCGAGUCUGCACUUAGAAUAAAGGGUUCCCAUCCCUACCAGUCACUGAGUUACACCAGCGGUGACACGGCAGCUGACUCACCCGCACAUGUGAGCCGUGCAGGCCUGCCAGCCAAAGACAGCCCCAGGAAGGAGAGUCUCCUGAGCAACCUGACAGGCAGCUUUCGGAGUCUUCACAACUUGCUGGAGGGCACGCCUCAGAGGAACGAGCCGUCAGCCGCCACCGCAGCCAAGAGCAGCUCCCUCACCCGCACAGGGACAGACAUGCUGACCGAGCACCCGCUCCUGUCUGAGCCCUCUUCUGUCAGUUUUUACAACUGGAUGUCCAACGCUGUGGGCAGCCGGACUGGAGGUGCAGCCCAGGAGUCCCCGGUCAACCGCUCCCAGCACAACAGCCUACAGACAGGUGGAAUGUGUAACCUUCCCACUAUCCCCUCGGCAUCAGACUUUAAUACAGUGCUGUCCAGCGACCAGAACACCCUGGAUGGGGACCAUUCCCAGCAUUCCCAGCACAGCACAAGCCAGGACGAUAUGGUGGACAUUGAGGAGGGCAACCAGUGUCCAGCUGCUGUUCAGCUGGCUGAUGCUCAGGUUGUUUUUAAACCCUUACUGAGCUACACAGGCAUCCAGGCCCAAGAUACCACUCCACUCAGUUACAAGAUGUAUUUUGGAGAGCAUCUGUCUUUUUCUGGCAACCUAGACUGUCUCAGAGCAGACAUCGUUGACUCUGAUACAUCUAAAGAGCGCAAAAACAAGCGAUCCAGGAGACAAGGCAUGGUGAACCUUCCUCCACUUGAGUUCAAGCCUGCACUGCUGAUCGAGACCUUCAGUGUGAAUGCCGUGGUGAUCGAGAAGUCGACCAGUGCACCGCAGGGCCCGACUGCAGCUCCACUGUCCUUCCACGACCUCAACCGGCGCCACUAUAACACAUUUCACUGCGAUUUCACCACCGCCUGCCAGGCCAUCAGCCAGCGUGUUGAUAUGGCCCUGGUACGUCUCAUUCACCAGUUCAGCACCAUGAUCGACGACAUCAAGGCCACGCAGACUGACAUCAAGCUAAGCCGCUACACUGCCGGCUCCGCCUCCCCGACGCCGACCUUCAAGGCCCGGCCAUACCGCCACUUCAGGUCCUCAGAGUUCAGCCGCAGCUCCCGGGGAAGCCUGAACGGGGCGGGUCGCAGCGGAACGCAAACCCUGAAGAGCAAAAGAGGGGUAGGCGGAGGAGCAGGUGGAGGAGGAGCAGGAGGUAGCGGUUUACCUCCUAAUGGGCCUCCAUCAGGCAUGGACACGCUGGGAAGAAGAGAGCCCAGAGGACGCAGCUCCCUUGGACGUUCAGAGCGACGUACUUCUAAGGUGUCAAGGAAGGGCUCCCGUGACGUAGCUGACCACAUGGCGAUCCAGAUGGACGACUCUGACUCCAUCACAGUGUCAGAGCAGAGUGAGCCGUCAGCAGAAUGUUGGCAGAACAUGUACAAGCUGCUCAACUUCUACUCCCUCAUAUCGGAUCCCACUGGCAUCCUGGAGAAGAGCUCCCCGGAGAACUGCCUUUCAGAAGGUGGGCGUCGUCCCUCCGAGUCGCUCUGUAAAGUGAUCUUCGAGAACGAGCAGCAGGAACCCACCACACCCAACAAGCCAAUGGGGGGGGGCGGAAGGCGUCGCAGCCUGGUAAGCUCCGAGCCGCAACACGUCACGCUCAUAGUGUUUGGCAUCGGCAUGGUGAACCGCACACACCUGGAGGCGGAUAUCGGCGGGCUGACCAUGGAGGCAGAACUCAAGAAAAUCCACGGGAGCUUCACCCUGAAGGAGAAGAUGAAAGAUAUUCUUCAUCAGAAAAUGACAGAGACGUGUGCAUCGGCUCACAUAGGAGGAGUAAACAUCGUUCUGCUGGAGGGCAUAACACCUGACAUUCAACUGGAGGAUUUCCCAACAUCUCCCACCAGCACUGCUAAACAAGAGUUUCUAACGGUCGUCAAAUGUAACAUCGCCAAAUCCCAGGCCAUGUAUAGCGCCCAGCGGGGACUUAAGACCAACAAUGCUGCCGUCUUCAAAGUGGGGGCUAUUAUGAUCAACAUCCCUCAGCAUCCAGCGACUCUGCACAGCAUGAUGGUGCGCAGCUCCCACCAGCUCUCCAAACAGAUCUCUGACCUCAUCCGCCAGCCCUCAAACGUCCAACCUCCAAAUAGAGAGGAUACCCCCACUCCACAACCAUCUGACAAAGCAUCUAGCAUCAAUCAGACCCCCGUUGAGGCCAAUGAGUUCCCACAGCUUCCUGAAGGCUUGGAGAAAAAGCCUAUAGUCCUCAAGUUCAGCGCCAUGAUGGACGGCAUCACCAUCGGGGCUGCAUUGUUGCCCUCACUGAAAGCAGAGUACAAAAUGGGCCGCAUGAAGAGCCAUGGCAUGACAGGAGCACAAACUAGUUUUACCUUUGAGCUGCCAAACCACAGACUUUGCUUCCAGUCGAAAGUGUCUCCUGUGGACAUGUCAACCAUGUCGCCAUCAGCCAGCCUCACUCUGCCUCCAGUCACAAUGUCAGGAGAGUAUAUCAUGGAGGACCAUGAAAGCCACUCGGAUCAGGGCUGGGCACCAGAUGACUUUCCAACAAAGCAAGGAAACUACCUGCAAGGCAACUACCUGCGCUGUGUGGCUGAAAUCGGUUCAUUUGAGCACAACCUGACCACAGACCUGCUCAACCACCUAGUUUUUCUUCAGAAGGUUUUCAUGAAGGAAGUCAAUGAAGUCAUUCAGAAGGUUUCAGGAGGAGAGCAACCCAUCCCACUGUGGAAUGAGCAUGACACUUCAACAGAUGCAGACAAGCCGAAAAUCCUGCUUUAUUCUCUCAGUCUCAUGUUCAAGGGGAUCCAGAUGACGGCGACCACUCCCUCAAUGCGGGCUGUGCGCUUUGAGACGGGCCUGAUUGAACUGGAGCUGUCCAACAGGAUCCAGUGCAAGACUCAGCCAGGAGGCAGCAGCAGUUACCUCAAACUCUUCGGCAAAUGUCAGGUGGACCUGAACCUGGCGCUCGGACAGAUAGUCAAACAUCAGGUGUAUGAAGAAGCCGGCUCUGACUUCCACCAGGUGGCGUACUUCCGAACUCGGAUCGGUCUCCGGAACGCACUGCAGGAGGAAAUUAGCGGCUCCUCGGACAAGGAGGCUGUACUCAUAACACUUAACAGGCCAAUUGUUUUUGCACAGCCUGUGGCGUUUGACCGAGCUGUGCUCUUUUGGUUGAAUUACAAGGCAGCAUAUGACAACUGGAAUGAGCAGCGCCUGGCCCUGAACAAGGACAUUCACAUGGCCACCAAAGAGGUGGUGGACAAGCUGCCAGGCAUUCAGCAAACCUCAGCCCAGGCGUUCAGCACCCUCUUCCUGCAGCUGACUGUCAACGACCUGGGUAUAUGCCUCCCAAUUACCAACACAUCCCAGAAAGGACAAGCACCUGUUGGGCAGGAGGGCAACAACUCUGAAGCUGGAGCCAGCUCAUCAGCGGGCCAGCAAAACAAUGCACGAAAAGCCAAUCACAGCAUAGACUUUGACACUGGCUCAGCUCUGGUUCUGACCAUUGAGAGCACGCUGAUCACCGCCUGCUCCUCCGAGUCCCUGGUGAGCAAAGGGCACUUUAAGAAUUUCUGCAUUCGCUUUGCGGAGGGCUUCGAGACCUCCUGGGAUGACUGGAAACCUGAAAUCCGGGGAGACCUUGUCAUGAAUGCUUGCGUUGUUCCAGAUGGCACAUAUGAAGUGUGUUCCAGGACCACAGGGCAGCCUUCUGCAGAGAGCAGCAGCGCUGGUACCUGGACUCUUAAUGUGCUUUGGAAAAUGUGCGGGAUUGACGUUCACAUGGACCCCAACAUCGGCAAGCGCCUCAACGCUCUGGGCAACACAUUAACGUCACUGACAGGCGAGGAGGACGUCGACGACAUCACUGACCUGAACUCCAUGAAUAUGGCAGAUCUGUCAGAUGAGGAUGAAGCUGACACCAUGUCGCCAACCCUCCACAUGAGUCAAGAGAGCCAGUUCAGCCCUCGGCUGACCUUAAGGAAGCGUCUGGUAAACCGCAUCCUGGGCCUCAGCCCCAGGCCUCAGAGUGUAUCUGUCCCUGCUGACUACUUAAACUGUCCAUCGCCUAGCCUUCAAGCGGGCAGUGCCAGGCCCCAAAGACCCCUCUCCUGGUCCUGUGAGACCAUCGAUUUCCGGAGACAGAUGGCGAUGGGAAACCAGGUGAUUGACGCUCGGGGGAGGAAGUUCACCAAGAGGGUGGUGGACAUUCGUGAGCUGAACGAGCAGGCCAAAGUCAUUGAUGACCUCAAGAAAUUGGGAGCCAGUGAGGGCACCAUCAACCAGGAGAUUCAGCGCUACCAGCAGCUGGAGUCGGUGGCCGUCAAUGACAUCAGGAGAGACGUCAGAAAGAAACUGCGUCGCUCCAGCAUGAGGGCAGCAUCCCUGAAGGAUAAGUGGGGUCUUGGUUACAAGCCAAGCUACAACCGCUCCAAAAGCAUCUCUGCAGCAGCAGGACGGCCGCCUCUAAAACGGAUGGAUCGACAAAGCUCCAGAAUCGGAGAUAUGGACGAUUUACCAGAUAUCCGUGUGGAUGCAUCCUCUCCUGGACCACGGGUCACCUUCAACAUCCAGGACUCGGCUUCGGACCCUGCAAAUGAACCUGUCAGUCCAGAAGAGGUGUUCAAGUUUCCUGAGGAGUCAGAGGGGGACCUCUUGUCAAUCACCAUUGAUGAAACAUUCCAUCCUCAUCAUCAUCUUCACCUCCAUUCUUCAUCUGCUGUUGAGGGCCAGCAGUCAGCUCUCAGUGCACCUGCAACCCCUGCUGUCUUCUCACCCACAAUUCCCUUCCAGCACGAUGACAUGAGGCGCGACGACCUGUCCUCUUCCUCCUCCGAAGACUCCGAGAAGGAGGACGAGUUUGAGCGCGAGAGGCUGCCAAGCUACCGCAGGCCUUUCCAAGCAUCUCACAAGAAGUCCUCAGGCUUUUCUGCUGUUAGUCAGCUGUUCAGCGAGCGCUGGCCGAGCACGCCAGCCAACCGCAGCUUCAGUGGCCCAGCAACCGAAAGAAACAUCGACUUUGAGCUUGAUAUCCGGGUGGAGAUUGAUAGCGGGAAGUGUGUCCUUCACCCAACUACUCAGCAGCCAGAGCAUGAGGAUGUUGCUCUCAGGAGGAGCUGUGAACGAAGCCUCAGGAGUCUGGACCAGGAGUCUCCCCCCAAGAAGAAGAAGCUGCAGCCCACCUACACCUCCACCACUCAUCUCCUGGCUGGAAAGAAAUGUCCCUCCUCUUUGCAGACCAAAUCCAAUGACAUGGAGACCACAGUUUUCUACAUUCCAGGAGUGGACGUUAAGUUGCACUACAACUCCAAAACCCUGAAGACGGAGUCGCCCAACGCAUCACGCGGAUCCUCUCUCCCUCGCACUCUCUCCAAAGAGUCAAAGCUGUAUGGUAUGAAAGAUAGCAGCCCUACAACCCCCCCCAAUGCUGUCCAAAGCAAGACUAACUCGCUCCUACCUCCCCUGCCCCCACCUAUUCCAUCAGCCAAAGGUAAAAGCAGUGGAGGUGUAAAGACAGCUAAGCUGUACGCCUGGGUCGCCCUCCAGACUCUGCCAGAGGAAAUGGUCAUUAGUCCCUGUCUGCUGGAUUUCCUAGAAAAGGCUCUGGAGACCAUUCCUAUCACUCCUGUGGAUAGAAACUAUGCUGCCGUGGCAUCGCAGGAAGAGGACAUGGGUCAGUUUGAUACGGUGGAACCGCUAGAGGAAUCAGCCACCUCCUUGGUUUCCUCCUCCACAUCAGCCUACUCCUCCUUCCCUGUGGAUGUGGUCGUCUACGUCAGAGUCCAGCCCUCUCAGAUCCGCUUCAGCUGCCUGCCCAUGUCUCGGGUGGAGUGUAUGCUCAAGCUGCCCUCUUUAGACCUGGUCUUCUCCUCCAACCGUGGAGAACUGGAGACCCCAACAGGGGCCCACUCAACAGAAGGAGCACACCAACCCUCUUCCACUCCACCUGGGCAACAUAUCCCCAAAAUACCUCCCAGCAAAGCAUCUCCGUUGCUUGGGAGCCCUCUUGGCAGGAGCCGACACAGCAGCAGCCAGUCCGAUCUCACCACCCCCCCCAGUAACUCCUCAGGCCUCAGCUUCACUGCCUGCAUGUCGGACUUCUCCCUCUACGUCUUCCAUCCUUACGGCGCCGGAAAGCAGAAAUCAGCUGUUACAGGCCUGCCUCCGGGCCCGGGUCCAUUAGGUACAGUAGAUGAGGAGCCGUCUUCAGUGACGGGAAGGAAAGACUCUCUGAGUAUCAACCUGGAGUUUGUGAAGGUCAGCUUAUCCAGGAUGAGGCGCACCGGAGGUCCCACCUUUAUUGAAAGCUUCGUUCCUAAAGGAGGCAAAAUGGACACCACCCUCAUCAACAUCUCGGCCGUGUGUGACAUUGGAUCAGCUUCUUUCAAGUAUGACAUGAGACGACUGAGCGAGAUCCUGGCUUUUCCGAGAGCCUGGUACCGGCGCAGUAUCGCCAGGCGCCUCUUCCUGGGGGACCAGACCAUCAACCUGCCAGCCUCUGGCCCUGCCACCCCCGACUCAGUUGAAAACAUCACCCAGCAUCUCUCCCCUGAGUCCAGCCGGAAAGCUUACUGGAGGACCUGGGAUGGUAGCACCGGCACUCAGCACAUGCCCCAAUCCCCCAGUGUCUUUUCAGAGCACUCUGCCGGGAGCAACAUGUCCCCAGGCGGCCUGGGCCACCUCAAAUCUCCGGCACCCGGCCGCACCCGGAGCGUGUCAGACUCCUCUGCUCCCCGGAGAGAUUCUGUGUCAAAAACUUCCACGCCUUCAUUUGGGAAAAACGGGAAGUCAGCUGGUCAGCAGGGGUCUCCCUGGGAGACGUUAGUGGUGUUCGCCAUCAACUUGAAACAGCUCACCGUCCAAAUGAACAUGAGCAACGUCAUGGGAAACAACACCUGGACGACCAGCGGGCUGAAGAGUCAGGGCCGACUGUCUGUCGGCAGCAACCGCGACCGAGAAAUCAGCAUGUCUGUCGGCCUCGGACGCUCCAAGCUUGACUCCAAGGGAGGAGUGGUGGGUGGCAACAUAGACGUGAACACCCUGGAGAUGGUCUCACACAUCUCCGAACACCCGAACCAGCAGCCCAGUCACAAGAUCCAGAUCACAAUGGGCUCCACAGAGGCGCGAGUGGACUACAUGGGCUCCAGUAUCCUGAUGGGAGUGUUUAGUAAUGCCGACCUGCAGCUGCAGGACGAAUGGAAGGUCAACCUCUGCACCGUUGACACCAGCAUUUCAGAGAAAAGUGAGAUCUUUGUCCACGGGGACUUGCAAUGGGACAUUUUCCAAGUGAUCAUUUCACGCUCCACCACUCCAGACCUCAUCAAGAUUGGCAUGAAGCUACAGGAGUUUUUCACUCAGCAAUUCGACACCAGCAAACGCGCCCUCUCCACAUGGGGCCCUGGUCCCUACCUGCCCCCGAAAACCCCCAUCAUCAACAGCGAGAAAGGAGCUGCAGAACUUUACAUGGACGCGGCCCAUCACCGCCAUUGGCCCGGGGUGCUGAAGGUAAUCGCCGGCUGCCACAUCUCCCUCUUCCCGAUGCCUCUGCCUGAAGAUGCCGUACAGCUGGGCGGCUCGAUGAGCCUCCACGGGAAUCACAUGACACUGGCCUGCUUCCACGGGCCCAACUUCCGCUCCAAGUCCUGGGCUUUGUUUCACCUGGAAGAGCCCAACAUCGCCUUCUGGACGGAGGCACAGAAGAUCUGGGAGGAUGGCUCCAAAGACGACUCCACCUACAUCGUGCAGACGCUGGACUUUCACCUCGGUCACAACACCAUGGUGACAAAACCAUGCGGCGCCCUUGAAAGCCCAAUGGCCACCAUAACUAAAAUCACUCGCAGGCGCCAUGAAAACCCUCCACAUGGAGUCGCCACAGUCAAAGAAUGGUUCAACUACGUCACUGCCAUGAGGAACGAAGAGCUUAACUUGCUCAGAAACGUGGAGGCCAACAACCAAGAGAGCGGCGCGGCAGCCAAAAGCUCCAGUCUGCUGAGCAGCUUCCGCAGCUCCUCCAGCUACAACCAUGAAACCGAGACCAUCUUUGCACUUCCCAGGAUGCAGCUGGACUUUAAGUCCAUUCACGUACAAGAUCCAGAUGAGCCAUCGCUAACAGACUCAAACAGCAAACCCAAAGUGGAGUGCAGCGUGGUGACCGAAUUCACCGACCACAUCUGCGUCACCAUGGAUGCAGAGCUGAUCAUGUUCCUUCACGACCUGGUGUCGGCCUACCUGAAAGAGAAAGAGAAAGCUCUUUUCGCCCCGCGGAUGUUUGCAGCUCGGCCGGGCCAGAAGAGCCCCACGGCCCUGCACGACGAAAGCUCCACCGACAAGGACAAGGACAAGGACAAGGACAAGGACGACACCAUCAACUACACCACAGUGGACUGGCGGGAGUUCAUGUGCAACACCUGGCACCUGGAGCCAACUCUCAGACUCAUCUCCUGGACCGGGCGGAAGAUCGACCCUGUCGGCGUGGACUACAUCUUGCAGAAACUGGGUUUCCACCACGCAAGGACUACCAUUCCCAAGUGGCUGCAGAGGGGCGUGAUGGACCCGCUGGACAAAGUCCUAUCAGUGCUCAUCAAGAAACUGGGCACCGCCCUGCAGGACGAGAAGGAGAAAAAAGGCAGAGACAAAGAGGAACACUGAGGAAACCAAACACUCAACACUGGAAUCAAAGCUGAGCAAACAAACACUGGAUUACUGUAUUAAAAUAACUGUACAUUAAUUCACACACUAAACCCUGUGAGUUUCUGCGUAGUUGUUUACCACCGGGCUCGCUUUUGCAGCUCGGACUAAAGCGUUUUGCACCGAUCUUCUUUUCUGUACAUUUUGAACAACUUAGCUAAUGUUAGUAUUUCUUGACUGCUUUAAGACCCUGCUCCGUUCUACCUGUUGUAAAUGAGCUCACUGAAACCGCUUAAAAUUUUAAUUUAAAGCCUAUCAGUAGUUCAUGAGAAAUGACUUCUUAAACCAUUGCCUUUUCUUUGUUUCCCAUGGAACACAUGGUAGGUAUGCUUUAUGUAUUUUAUAGUGUAGCUUUAUGAUAUUUAAGACCAGUUCAGUGACGUGUUCUUGAUUUUUGACAUGAACAAGGAAAUACUGGGUUUCACCACGUCAUCUGCUCUUUCUCAACAAUGAUUGUAAUUAUAAUUUGAACCAAGAUGAUUAUUUAUGGCUAUGGGGAAGGCAGAGUCGAUAUGUCUCAGCUUGGUGUGUCAAGCUUGUUUUUGUCCUUUUUUUAAUCCACACAGUAGAACCAGUGUACAUAGUUAAAUUUCUUAAAUGUGUUGAUUUCUUAACUUAAUAAAACUGUUGCCAUUCAGUUUUAAAUGAGAAGGUUUUUUGUGGUUUUCUUGCAGGAAUAAAUUAUGCAAAUUCGUAAUUAUGUCCACAAAAUGAGAUUAAUAUCCACUGCAAACGGCUACAGAGGAAAUCAUCUUUCCUCUCUAGACCAGCAUGUUAUACUCGGGAUGGAUUGUACGUCAAACAUUUCAACUUCCCAGCUCUUCUCCUGUUUUGUUCGACACUUGGUCUUCGUAUAUUCAUAGUUUUUAUUUGCCGCACAGUUCAGAGUUUUAAAUAACUGAAUGUGUGACAGCCAUCUCUGCAUGUGGGACAUUUUAACAGCUUACAGCAUCGCAGGAUUUCCUCUUAGAAAAAAAAGUGGAAGCUCAUGGCAAAAAAACUAAAAAUAAGCAUUUUUAGCACCCAGAAAGGAAAAGGGCUUAAAAAUAAAUAUGACCAGAUGAUAAAAACAACAAAAAUAAUAAAACUCAGAAAAUUUUCCUGUGUGUGUAAAGGCCUUUAGGGAUCUAAACGUGUUGGAAUAGUUUCUUUAAGUGUCAGUACUCUUUUAGAGCAGCUACCCUAUUCCUGAAAACAACAAGGUCCUCCCGGUUUCGACAUGAAUCUUGUGUGUGUGUCGUGUUGCAACACCUGUAUAAACAUCUGUCUGUCUUACAUCUUCUGGCUGUAUGGAGACAAUAAUAGACUAAAUGUGUUAACCAUUUUGGGAGUAACUUUGGGUACAAACAAAUGUUCAAAUCCACACAAAUUUUAAGCAAACGUUGAUUUAACAAACGAAACUUGAGUGAACAGUUGAAAUCUAGAUGACCCAGCUUUCCAUCAGCUCCUGAAUGCACCAUAUAUUGUUUAGUUAGAUAUUUUUAUUGAGUUUUCAUAGGUGAAACAAAAACACCCACAACCCUAACAACACUUCCACACAUCCAUGACGGGACAAAAAAAACAAAAAAACAAAGAUAGCUGAAAUAUGUAGCCUCAUGACAUGUCAUGUUACCUAUAUGUACAGACACAGAUACAAAUAAUAGGAACAGAUAGACAAAAUAAAAA